GCCAGUAAGCACCAUUAGGUUAUAAAUAGCAACACCUCCAUUGCCACAACUCGUGCCGCUCCUUACUCUGCAUCUUAAUCUCUAUAUCUAAGGUUCACUUCUGUCUCGGGUUCAACCUCCGUUCUUAUUUACGAAAAUGGCCUCACACAUUGUUGGAUAUCCUCGCAUGGGACCCAAGAGAGAGCUUAAGUUUGCUCUGGAAUCUUUCUGGGAUAAGAAGAGCAGCGCCGAGGAUUUGCAAAAGGUUGCAGCUGGUCUCAGGUCAUCCAUCUGGAAACAAAUGGCUGAUGCUGGGAUCAAGUACAUUCCCAGCAACACUUUCUCUUACUACGAUCAAGUGCUCGAUGCCACAGCAAUGCUUGGCGCUGUACCUCCUAGAUAUGGUUGGAAUGGUGGCGAGAUCGGAUUCGAUACUUUUUUCUCAAUGGCCAGAGGAAAUGCCUCUGUGCCUGCCAUGGAAAUGACCAAGUGGUUUGACACCAACUACCACUUCAUUGUUCCCGAAUUGGGACCUGAUGUUAAAUUCUCUUAUGCAUCUCACAAGGCAGUGGAUGAGUACAAGGAAGCUAAAGCACUUGGAGUCAACACCGUGCCAGUUCUUAUUGGCCCUGUCUCAUACUUGUUGCUGUCUAAACCAGCAAAAGGUGUGGAGAAGACCUUUUCUCUUCUCUCACUUCUCCCCAAAAUCCUCCCUAUCUACAAGGAAGUGAUAUCUGAGCUUAAGGCUGCUGGUGCUUCCUGGAUUCAGUUUGAUGAACCCACCCUUGUCUUGGACCUUGAAGCUCAUCAAUUGCAAGCGUUCAGUGCUGCUUAUGCUGAUUUGGAAUCUACUCUCUCUGGUUUGAAUAUUUUGAUCGAGACCUACUUUGCUGAUCUUACUUCUGAUGCAUACAAGACCCUCGUUGAAUUGAAGGGUGUCACUGCUUAUGGUUUUGAUUUGGUUCGUGGAACUAAAACCAUUGACUUGAUCAAGAAUAAUUUCCCCAAGGAUAAAUUCCUGUUUGCUGGAGUUGUUGAUGGAAGGAACAUUUGGGCCAAUGAUCUUGCUUCUUCUCUUAGCACCUUGCAGGCUCUUGAGGCUGUUGUUGGCAAAGAAAACCUUGUGGUAUCCACCUCCUGCUCACUUCUCCACACUGCAGUCGAUCUAGUAAAUGAGACUAAGCUCGAUGAUGAAAUCAAAUCCUGGCUUGCCUUUGCUGCCCAGAAAGUUGUCGAGGUCAAUGCAGUUGCCAAGGCAUUGGCUGGUCAGAAGGAUGAGGCCUUCUUUGCUUCCAAUGCCGCUGCUCAGGCUUCAAGGAAGUCCUCCCCAAGAGUGACCAAUGAAGCUGUUCAAAAGGCUGCUGCUGCUUUGAAGGGCUCUGAUCACCGUCGCACAACAAACGUUAGUGCUAGACUGGAUGCUCAGCAGAAAAAGCUUAAUCUGCCAAUCCUCCCCACCACAACCAUCGGAUCCUUCCCGCAGACAUUGGAACUCAGGAGAGUUCGUCGUGAAUUCAAGGCUAACAAGAUCUCUGAGGACGAUUAUGUUAAAGCAAUCAAGGAGGAAAUUAAGAAGGUUGUCGAUCUUCAGGAAGAACUUGACAUUGAUGUCCUUGUUCAUGGAGAGCCUGAGAGAAACGAUAUGGUUGAGUACUUUGGUGAGCAGUUGUCCGGUUUUGCUUUCACUGUUAACGGGUGGGUGCAAUCUUAUGGAUCUCGCUGUGUCAAGCCACCAAUCAUCUACGGUGAUGUUAGCCGCCCCAAACCAAUGACUGUUUUCUGGUCAUCUACUGCCCAAAGCAUGACUAAACGCCCAAUGAAGGGAAUGCUUACAGGCCCUGUUACCAUCCUCAACUGGUCGUUUGUCCGAAAUGAUCAGCCCAGAUUCGAAACUUGCUACCAGAUUGCCUUGGCUAUCAAGGAUGAAGUUGAGGAUCUCGAGAAGGCCGGUAUCAAUGUCAUUCAAAUCGACGAGGCCGCAUUGAGAGAGGGAUUGCCCCUUAGGAAGUCCGAGCACGCCUUCUACCUCAAAUGGGCUGUCCACUCCUUUAGGAUCACUAAUGUUGGCGUCAAGGACACCACCCAGAUCCACACCCACAUGUGUUAUUCCAACUUCAACGAUAUCAUCCCGAUUAUCGACAUGGAUGCUGAUGUGAUCACCAUUGAGAACUCUCGUUCCGAUGAGAAGCUCCUAUCUGUCUUCCGCGAAGGAGUCAAGUACGGUGCUGGAAUUGGCCCUGGUGUCUAUGACAUCCACUCUCCCAGAAUACCAUCAACCGAAGAGAUUGCGGACAGGAUCAACAAAAUGCUUGCUGUGCUCGAGAGCAACAUCUUGUGGGUUAACCCCGACUGCGGGCUCAAGACUCGUAAGUAUGCUGAGGUGAAACCGGCCCUCAACAACAUGGUUGCUGCGGCCAAGUUGCUCCGCACUCAACUUGCCAGUGCCAAGUGAGAAGCUCAUCAUGAGAGGUUGGAGUACCCUCCAUUAAUGGUUUAUAUGCCCCAGGAGGAGAAAAAAUAUUAAAAAUGAAAGAGAUGUAGGACUGUCUUGCCAUUUGAAUAACUGUGUUUUUCUUUGAUGAUAUAUUGGAUAGGGGCAUAAUAUGCCCUUGAGGCCAAUUGAUUUCCUCCUUUCAUGGUUGUUUCUUUUUUCUCUAAAUAUCUCCUUUUUUAUAUAUAUUAUCACAAAGAAAACCUGUUUGUGGGUUGAGUUGUGGAGUUGAUGUAGGA